GCCGAACUACGUCUGUGAGAGAUUUAUGGAGGACGGGGAUCGGAAGUGCCCGAUGCAUCACUGUGAUUCGACGGAAGACCUGUGGACGGCAUGGAAUAAAUGGAUUUAUAUGGUUAAUGAAUCUGAACAGAAUCCGGACGGUUUUGACUGGUUAGAUGGGGCGCCUCCAUUGUAUUUGGCCGACAUCAUCGUCGCAUCACAGCCGGCAUCUUCCUCGGACAUUAGCAAGCCAGAGCCCAUAGCUGAACCCGUUGUCAACGUCCCUAGGUCCACAAGUCCACAGUCCCAAAUUACUCCCGACUCGUCCUCCCAUGCCUCAACGUCGUCCGUGCAUGCCUCAACAUCAUCCGCGCAUGCCUCAACGUCAUCCGCGCAUGCCUCAACGUCGUCCGCUCCCGUGUCCUCGACUCCUCUGGUCUCGUCAAGGCCGCAUCGUAACCGGCGUCCUCGACAGGAAGACAGGAGGGCACCUCCUAGAGAAAACGAUGUCUGGAGUCAUGAUCGAUUCGGCGAAGACGGUGAGCCACAAGUGCCACAUGGCCGACUUGGAGGACCUGCCAAAGGUCGUGGCCGUUCAGGUGGUCGUGGACGGAAACCACGGAAGUAGAUGGGCUCUGGCGUUUUCGUCUCAUCUCUUAUAUUUCCUUUUUUCAUGUUUUGAUUUUGCUUUCUCGUCUAAGUAUAUGCUAUCAUCAUCUCAUUUUGCUUAUGUCUUGCUCGCC